AUGAUUGUGAGAACCGAAGGACUGGUAGACACGAGAGAAAAUCAGAAGCGAACAAAGAUACACCCAAAGUUAAUCCGCUUCGCUCGGUCCGUGAUUGCCUAUCGGGCAAUUACAUUCCCCUGUCUUCCCUCCUUUCUUCGCCUUUCUCUACUUAUCUAUCUAUCUAUCUAUCUAUCUAUCUAUCUAUCUAUCUAUCUAUCUCUGUCUCUCUCUCUCUCUUUCUUUAAUUCGUUUUCACUUCGGUUGCUAUCUAUCUAUCUAUCUAUCUAUCUAUCUAUCUAUCUAUCUAUCUAUCUAUCUAUCUAUCUAUCGCAAUCUCUCUCUCACUUAUAUAAUAUCCUUCUUAGAAGAUCAGUCGUCUUUUUACACAAUAUCUAUCUAUCUAUCUAUCUAUCUAUCUAUCUAUCUAUCUAUCUCUGCUCAUAUCUAUCUAUCUAUCUAUCUAUCUAUCUAUCUAUCUCUUUCUGCUCAUAUCUAUCUAUCUAUCUAUCUAUCUAUCUAUCUCCUUCUUCCCAUAUCUAUCUCCUUCUGCCCAUAUCUAUCUAUCUAUCUAUCUAUCUAUCUAUCUAUCUAUCUAUCUAUCUAUCUAUCAUUUUUCUUUCUUUCUCUUCCAUUUCUUUAUUUAUUUUUUACUUUCCUUUCUUUCUUUAUUUAACUCAUCUUUCAUCAUUCCUUCUGUUUUUCUUGUCCUUUUCUUUCUUUCUUUGUUUUUUCUUUAACUUUUCUUUCUGCUUUCAUUCUUUCACUCCCCUUUAUUUUCUUUAUUUUUUCUUUCAAUCUCCUUUUCUUUGCUUCUUUCUUUCUUUCUUUCUUUCUUUCUUUCUUUCUUUCUUUCACUUGUACUCUCGUGCCCUUUUCUACCUGCGUUUUUUUUCUUUCGCUCUCCUGUCUUUUCUUUCUUUUUCUUUUUCUUUCCUUCUUUUCUUUCUUUUUCUUUCGUUUUGUUCUUUUUCUUUCUUUCUUUCUUUCUUUCUUUCUUUCUUUCUUUCUUUCUUUCUUUCUUUCACUUCCCUGUCUUUCCUUUCUUGCCUUUUCUUUCUUUCACUCUCCUGUCUUUUCUUUCUUUCUUUCUUUUUUUCUUUAUUUUUUCUUUCUUUUUUCUUUCUUUCUUUCUUUCUUUCUUUCUUUCUUUCUUUAUUUAUUUAUUUAUUUCACUUGUACUCUCUUGCCCUUUUCUACCUGUGUUUCUUUCUUUCGCUCUCCUGUCUUUUCUUUCUUUUUCUUUCGUUUUGUUCUUUUUUCUUUCUUUCUUGCCCUUUUCUUUCUUUCUUUCUUUCUUUCUUUCUUUCUUUCUUUCUUUCUGUCACUCCCCUGUCUUUCCUGUUUUGCCCUUUCUUUCUUUCACUCUCUUGUCUUGUCUUUCUUUCUUUCUUUCUUUCUUUCUUUCUUUCUUUCUUUACCUUGUUUUCUUUUUUUCUCUUUUCUUUCUGUCUUUUUUCUUUCACUCCUCUUUCAUUUCCUUCCUCUAUUUUACCGUUAUCUUUUAUAUUUAAGUGA